GGAGGAGCGGAGAUGGCGGCGGUGGCGGCUCAGGGGGGCGGGGAGUCCCGGGGAGCUGAUGGGGUCGGCCCAGGGGUCCCGGGGGGAGUGGAGACAGUGAAGGGACAGCCGUUCGACGUGGGCCCGCGCUACACGCAGCUCCAGUACAUCGGCGAGGGCGCUUACGGCAUGGUCAGCUCAGCUUAUGACCAUGCGUGCAAGAUUCGCGUGGCCAUCAAGAAAAUCAGCCCCUUUGAGCAUCAGACCUACUGCCAGCGCACACUGCGGGAGAUCCAGAUCUUGCUGCGCUUCCGCCAUGAGAACGUUAUUGGCAUUCGAGACAUUCUGCGGGCACCCACCCUGGAAGUCAUGAGGGAUGUCUAUAUUGUGCAGGACCUGAUGGAGACAGACCUGUACAAGUUGCUCAAAAGCCAGCAGCUGAGCAACGACCACGUUUGCUACUUCCUCUACCAGAUCCUUCGGGGCCUCAAGUAUAUCCACUCAGCCAAUGUGCUCCACCGAGAUUUAAAGCCCUCCAACUUGCUCAUCAACACCACCUGCGACCUUAAGAUCUGUGAUUUUGGCCUGGCCCGAAUUGCUGAUCCUGAACAUGACCACACUGGCUUCCUGACUGAGUAUGUGGCCACACGCUGGUACCGUGCCCCAGAGAUCAUGCUUAACUCCAAGGGCUAUACCAAGUCCAUUGACAUCUGGUCUGUGGGCUGCAUUCUGGCUGAGAUGCUCUCCAACCGGCCCAUCUUCCCUGGCAAGCACUACCUGGACCAGCUCAACCACAUUCUGGGUAUCCUGGGCUCCCCAUCCCAGGAGGACCUGAAUUGUAUCAUCAACCUGAAGGCCCGAAACUACUUACAGUCUCUGCCUUCCAAGACCAAGGUGGCCUGGACCAAGCUGUUUCCCAAGUCAGACUCCAAAGCACUUGACCUGCUGGACCGGAUGUUGACCUUUAACCCCAACAAACGGAUCACAGUGGAGGAAGCUCUGGCUCACCCCUACCUGGAGCAAUACUACGACCCAACGGAUGAGCCAGUGGCUGAGGAACCUUUCACCUUCGACAUGGAGCUGGAUGAUCUACCCAAGGAGCGGCUGAAGGAGCUCAUCUUCCAGGAGACAGCCCGCUUCCAGCCUGGGGCACCGGAGGCCCCCUAACCUGGACAGAUGCCUCUGCGCACUAGGCCUGGCCCUGCCUCCUGCCUGCCCCUUCCCUGCUGGACUGUUAGAAAAUGGACACUCUGCCAAGCCCAGACCCCCGCAGCCCAGGCUGGGGCAGAGGGCAGGCCUGAUCACCUUCCCUUGCUUUGCUCAGGCCUCCUGCUUAAGGCAGGCCAAGGCUCCCUCCAUUCUCCCUCUCCUCUCCAGAACCUGUGGGGCUCAGGUGGCCUCAAAGUAAAUUCCCCUCUGCUGCUCUGCCUUCAUCUACCCCAGCUAUCCCAGUCUCUGGCAGUUCUGGAAUCAAAGGGCUCUGGCUGCCCCAGGACCUACUGAGGGGUGGUGGGGGAUGGGGGACACUGAGUAAGGACUCAGGGCAAGCCCUGCCCCACUCAUCUCAUUAAAACCCUACCCCAUUUUCCCUGAAGGAAUAUUCCUAAGGCUUAAGGGCUAGUAUCCCUGAGGAGCAGGACCCAGGCCUGAACUCCCUUCCCUGGAAAGCUACCACAUCUAAUGCCCUCCUACCCCACCCCAUCCCACCCCGCUGCUGCAUCUGUGUGUGGGUGAGCAGAAGUAGAGGUGGGGGCACACAGGAAACCCUAUGCCUGUAUCUAAUAUAUAAAAUAUAGAGAUGUGUGUAUGA